AUGAGACAAGAGGCUUCCGAGGGAGCGGAGCUGAACCCGCCGCCGGAGCCCAAAGCUGCAGCCUCAGGCCUUGCCAAACCUGUCUGCCCCCCCCAUGUUCCUCUUCCUCCUGCCCCCGUAGUAGACGGCACGCUGCAACCCUUCCUCACCGGGCUCUUCGGCAGCGCCGCCUGUUGCCAAAGCCGGCUUUGCCCUGCUGCUAAACGCCCUUGGUCCAAAGCCCGGCCUUCCACAGUUAAACGGGCAAAGCGAGUGGGCGGCCAGCUACAGCACGCGGCUCGCGGCCUGCCUCCUGCGGCCCGGAGCAGCGACGACGGAGCGGCCCUGCAACGCUGCAUUGGCGGCUUCGGCCAUCGGGAGCGGCGCCUUUCCUCAGGAAUCUCCCUUCGGGCCAGCCGCUCCCAGGGUCACGUCGCCGAGGCUGCCGCCCUAACCGCACUGGCUCGGCCCCUGCCGCCACUUCCCGGGCUGCCCCUUAUCGCCAUCAGAGCCGCCGUCACUUUCACCGCCGUCGCGGCACCAAUUCAGCUUGUACGCCGCUUUAGACAGAAGCCUCGACGGCCUCUGCCAUUUAGGCCGGGCAGGCAGGCUUCUUCCCAUUUUGCUGAUGGGGCGCUGAGACAAGCACUCGCCCAAGGAGCCGCCGGCUCCCUCCGGCAGCUCCAACCCCACCCCAGCUUCCACGGCGGCUUCAAACGUUCCCAGAGGGCGCCUCAGUGCUUUGUUCGCGGCGGGGGGCGGGGAGGGCGAGCGGGGGGCCUGGAGACGGAGGGGGGCCCCUUCCUUCAGCAAAAGCCGUGGCCUGCCCGCCUUCGAACAGCGAGCGCCAUCGGCUUCUGUGCCCCCGACGCGCCUGACUGCCUCAUCGGCGGUGCCAGUCAGGACGGCACGCGGCCGCCCUCUCCCGAAAGCGCCGCAGGGGUGAACGUGUCCAGCCGAGAGCCGGGCAGAGACGCGGGGCGGGGUGGGGGGGAAGAGGGAGGCACGCCUCCCCACCCGCGCCCUGCUAAUGGCACCCGGGACUGCCCAAUGGGUGCCGGGGUGGGGGUGGCGCUGCCCCCCGCCGCCUUUAAAAGAGGCCCUCUUCCUCUCCCUCGCCAGCAGCGUAAGCUUUCGCCGGUCAUGCGCUUCUCAGCUUCGGCGCCGUCGGGGCUCGUGCUGCUGCCGUUGCUUCUGCUUUCCCGCCUGUGCCUCUGCGCCGCCAUCCAAUGGCUGGGGAUGGCGGCGAACGGCACCCGAGUGGCCUGGGACGCCCCCCAACACUGCCGCCUCCUGGAGGGCCUGGCCCCGGACCCCUUUGUGCGACUGUGCCGGCGGAACCUGGAAGUGAUGCCCAGCAUCGUGCAGGCGGCCGAACGCACCAAGGGCGUCUGCCGAAAGACCUUCGCCGACAUGCGUUGGAACUGCUCCUCCGUCCAGGAUGCGCCUCACUUGGCGCCAGACCUCCGGAAAGGCUCCAAGGAAUCUGCAUUUGUCUAUGCACUGGCAUCUGCUGCUAUCAGUCACUCCAUUGCCCAGGCCUGCGCUUCUGGACAGGUGCCUUUCUGCUCCUGUGGCUCCGCUCCAACGGAGGAGCCUCAGCCUGACUUCCAGUGGGGUGGCUGUGGGGACAACCUUCGCUUUGGCCUGCAGCUGGGCUCUGCUUUUGUCGAUGGUCCCAUGAAGUCUAGCAAGGCCGGAACGCGAGUCUCCAGGCUGGUGAACCUCCAUAACAAUGCAGUGGGCCGACAGGAAAGUAAAAGCGCUACAAAAUUGGUCACCUCGCUUCACUGGAUGGGAGAAGAAGCGAGCGCUCCUUUCCUCUUUCCAACUCACUUUCCCCACCAGAGUGCUCGAGAGCCCCAGUUUGGAGCUGGCUGUGAGGUCCUAAUGGACUCCUUGGAAACCAAGUGCCAAUGCCAUGGCGUCUCCGGCUCCUGCGCUGUCAAGACCUGCUGGAAAAGCUUGCGCGAUUUAGCCGACAUAGGCUUGGAGCUCAAAUCCAAAUACUUGGCUGCUACCCAAGUGAUGCCCUGGUUCACGGGCCUCAGGAAGCAGCUGGUGCCCAGAGGACCAAGCGUCCGGCUGUUGAAAGAGGACGAGCUGGUCUAUCUUGUCCAUUCCUCUAAUUAUUGUAUGAAGAAUCCCAGACUGGGCUCCUUGGGGACUCAGGACAGGCAUUGCAAUAAGACUUCUGCUGGCAGUGACAGCUGCAACCUCCUGUGCUGUGGGCGUGGCUACAACACCUACUCGGAGAGCGUGGAAGAGAAAUGCCAGUGCAAGUACUAUUGGUGUUGCUACGUGAAGUGCAAGAAGUGCCAGAACGUGGUGGAAAGAUUCGUCUGCAAGUGACUCGAGGCUGGGCCCUGAAGCACGCUGUCUGCUGGGAGAACGCAGGGGCAUGCGGACUGUGAGCUCCAUCCACGGUUUGUCGAAGAUUUCUGCCUGCACCCAGGCUGCUUCCAGACGGGCUCCUUAGCGCCAAUUGCUGCUUUUCCAUUUUAUCUGGCAUUGCAGCAGAGCUUCUGCACUGGCUAAGAUUCACGUUCUGUGGUGUUCUAUCCACACAGUGGGUGGGACAUAAGAGGGUUAGCCAUGUUGAUCUUCUCUCCCCCAUGCACACACACAAUUGCUUAUUCAUUUUCUGAAGUUGCUUUUCCUUCUUUCCUGAGCCCCUUCCCCCGUUUCUUCCAUAAAGCAAAGACACUAAAAGCCAAGGACGGUUUAAGAGUCUGUGGUCUAUCAAGUGGGCAUGUUUUAUGUUGCCGCUCUCCACCUUGCC